GCUCGCGCGCGGGAUUUAAACUGCGGCGGUUUACGUGGCGUUAAGACUGCGUAGAAUUGUGGUUUCCUGGGCCUUCGCGUUUCUCUUCCCGGCCGACUUUCCGAAUGCUCAUGGACCCGUCGCUACAGGCCCACCUGUUUCCUGGUGUCGCCAUCAAGAUCCAACGCAGUAAUGGCUUAAUUCAGAGUGCUAUCAUAAGGACUGUGGACUUGGAGAAAUCCUGUGUUUCAGUGGAAUGGACAGAAGGAGGUGCCACAAAGGGCAAAGAGAUUGAUUUUGAUGAUGUGGCCGCAGUAAAUCCAGAACUUUUACAGCUUCUUCCCUUAUACUCAAAGGACAAUCUGCCCCUGCAGGAAAAUGUAACAGUCCAGAAGCAAAGACACAGAUCAGUUAACUCCAAAAUCCCUGCUCCAAAAGAAAGACUUCGAAGUCGCUCCAGUCGUAUGUCUACCGUCUCAGAGGUCUGCAUCAACACUCAGGAGAAUGAUAUGGAGGUGGAACUGCCUGCAUCUGCCAGCUCCCGCAGGCAGUUUUCAGUUCCCACUGGUCCCCCUAGGCCUUCCUGCUCCGCAGUGGCUGAAAUACCAUUGAUGAUGGUCAACGAGGAGGUGGAAGAGCAAGUCCGUUCCAUCCGAGGCAGCUCUCCUGCCAACCGUGUGAACUCAGUUCGGAGGAAAUCAUGUAUUGUGAAGGAAAUGGAGAAAAUGAAGAACAAGCGAGAAGAGAAGAGGGCCCAGAACUCUGAAACGAGAAUAAAGCGAGCUCAGGAGUAUGACAACAGCUUUCCAAACUGGGAAUUUGCCCGGAUGAUUAAAGAAUUUCGGGCUACUUUGGAAUGUCAUCCACUUACUGUGACUGAUCCUAUUGAGGAGCACAGGAUAUGUGUCUGUGUUAGGAAACGCCCACUGAAUAAGCAAGAAUUGACCAAGAAAGAAAUUGAUGUGAUUUCCAUCCCAAGCAAGUGUCUACUCUUGGUACAUGAACCAAAAUUAAAAGUGGACUUAACAAAAUAUCUAGAGAACCAAGCGUUUUGCUUUGACUUUGCAUUUGAUGAAACGGCCUCCAAUGAAGUCAUCUACAGGUUCACAGCAAGGCCACUGGUGCAGACAAUCUUCAAAGGUGGGAAAGCAACUUGUUUUGCAUAUGGCCAAACAGGAAGUGGCAAGACACAUACAAUGGGUGGAGACCUCUCUGGGAAAGCCCAGAAUGCAUCCAAAGGAAUCUACGCCAUGGCCUCCCGAGAUGUCUUCCUCCUGAAGAAUCAGCCCCCCUACCGGAAACUGGGCCUGGAAGUAUAUGUGACAUUCUUCGAGAUCUACAAUGGGAAGCUAUUUGACCUGCUCAACAAGAAGGCCAAGCUGCGCGUACUGGAGGAUGGCAAGCAACAGGUGCAAGUGGUGGGGCUGCAGGAGCACCUGGUUAACUCUGCUGAUGACGUCAUCAAGAUGAUUGACAUGGGCAGCACCUGCAGGACUUCUGGGCAGACGUUUGCCAACUCCAAUUCCUCCCGUUCCCAUGCCUGCUUCCAGAUUAUUCUUCGAGCCAAGGGGAGAAUGCAUGGCAAAUUCUCUUUGGUGGAUCUGGCAGGGAAUGAGCGAGGUGCUGACACUUCUAGUGCUGACCGGCAAACCCGCAUGGAGGGUGCAGAAAUCAACAAGAGUCUCCUGGCCCUGAAGGAGUGCAUUAGGGCACUGGGACAGAACAAGGCUCACACCCCGUUCCGCGAGAGCAAGCUGACACAGGUGCUGAGGGACUCCUUUAUCGGGGAGAACUCAAGGACUUGCAUGAUUGCUAUGAUCUCACCAGGCAUAAGCUCCUGUGAAUAUACCUUAAACACACUGAGAUAUGCAGACAGGGUCAAGGAGUUGAGCCCCCACAGUGGGCCCAGUGGAGAGCAGCUGACUCAAAUGGAAACAGAAGAGAUGGAAGCCAGCUCUAACGGGACUCUGAUCACAGGCAAUGUGUGUCUCUCCUCUUGAUCCCCUUACUUCUCCAAGGAAGAAGAGGAACUAUCUUCCCAGAUGUCCAGCUUUAACGAAGCCAUGACUCAGAUCAGGGAGCUAGAGGAGAGGGCUGUGGAAGAACUCAAGGAGAUUAUACAGCAAGAACCAGGCUGGCUUGAGCUCUCAGAGAUGACUGAGCAGCCCGACUAUGACCUGGAGACCUUUGUGAACAAGGCAGAAUCUGCCCUGGCCCAGCAAGCCAAGCAAGCCAAGCACUUCUCAGCCUUGAGAGAUGUCAUCAAGGCCUUGCACCUGGCCAUGCAGCAGGAAGAACAGGCUAGCAGACAAAUAAGCAGCAAGAAACGGCCUCAGUGACGACUGCAAAUAAAGAUCUGUUUGGUUUCACGCCCAGCCUCUUCCCCUUCCCCUCACCAUUCCUCCCCAGCAAGGUUUGGGCACCUGGUGGGACUAUGCAGGGUCUUACCUGGGACACGCUUCGGCAAAUGCCAAGUAUGAGGACAUCUGGGCCCAAGGCAGCUGGGGAAGGAGUCAGUGAUGAGAUGCUGCUUGCCUUUUC